GGGAGCUAGCGCCCCCAUGUGGACGGUACGCUACACAACAUGUGGCCACUUCCUGUAAAGCUGAAGGGUGGGACAGGCGGAAGCUGGGUCCGCUGGUGCUAGAAAUCUUCUCUCGCUGAGCAUUUGGACUGAUAUUUAUCACUCAACAUGCCGGCGUAUCACUCAAGCCUGAUGGUCCCUGAAACCAGGCUGAUCGGGAAUAUGGCUUUGCUUCCCCUCAAAACCCAGUUCAAGGGACCAGCCAGAGGAGAUGGGAUUGACUCAGACAUCAUUGAUGAGGCUAUCUACUACUUCAAGGCCAAUGUUUUCUUUAAGAACUAUGAAAUCAAGAACGAGGCAGACAGGACACUGAUCUAUGUCACACUGUACAUUUCUGAAUGCCUAAAGAGGCUACAGAAGUGCAGCUCCAGGGGGCAGGGAGAGAAGGAGAUGUACACUCUGGGCAUCACUAACUUCCCCAUUCCUGGAGAACCUGGCUUCCCUCUCAAUGCUAUGUAUGUUAAACCUACAAACAAGCAAGAGGAAGAAACUAUGCGGGCAUACCUCCAGCAGAUCCGUCAGGAGACCGGCUUGAGGCUAUGUGAUCGUGUGUUUGAUCCCCAGACAGACAAACCCAGCAAGUGGUGGGUGUGCUUUGUCAAAAGGCAGUUCAUGAACAAAAGUCUGUCAGCUCCCGGACAGUAAACGACUCAGGACUGUUUCUAUUCUACACCUGCAAGAUGGACGGAUGGAUGGAUUUUUCUUUUGGGUUAUUGGGGGGUGGGGGGGUCUGCUUCUGUGUUGCUAAGAUGAUUUUAUACUCUUUGAGUUUAAGGAUAUGUCUUCACUUGUCUGGAUGUUGACCAUAUUGAGCUGGUG